GGCGGAGUGAUUUAGCGAGGACUACACCCAAGCGCCUGUCCGAUUCCAGCGGCUUCUCUUCAUUGCCUAGACCAGAAGAAAGCCGGGACGUGACGGAGCCGGGGGGUUCUGCUUGCUGGAGGCCCGUUAAACCACUGAUAAAAACAGCUUCCUCGCAGUUUCUUCGUCGCUCGAGAGACGUUUGUGACUCAACUUGACCCUUCGUCUUUUUUCAUCUUAGAACUAAUUCCACAAACAUGUCCUGGAACAGCUACGUGGACAACCUGAUGGCUGAUGGCAGCUGCCAGGACUCGGCCAUUGUUGGUUACACGGACGCCAAAUACGUCUGGGCAUCCCAUGCCGGCGGUACCUUCGCCGCCAUAACGCCUGAAGAAAUCGAUGUGUUAACAGGAAAGGACCGCGAAGGAUUCUUCACGAAUGGGCUGACCUUAGGCAGUAAAAAGUGCUCCGUAAUCAGAGACAGCCUCCUUAUUGACGGUGACUGGACAAUGGACAUCCGGACAAAAAGUCAAGGAGGAGAGCCAACAUACAACAUUACUGUAGGCAGAGCUGGCAAAGCAUUGGUUUUUGUCAUGGGGAAGGAAGGUGUCCAUGGAGGGCAGCUCAACAAGAAAGCAUUUCAGAUGGCUGAAUACCUGAGGAAGUCCGGAUACUAAAGCAGCCUGUACCCAGCCACCUAGCAGCUCACCCUUGCCACCCUGUUGCAUUUCACACUACUUCCAGUCCUAGUCUGUAGUUACUUUGUUUUUUUUCUUUUUCUCCCCUUUUCCUCCCCAUUUGUUAUCCCAUAUUUUGUUGUCAUCUACCCCAACCCGUCCUCUUCCCUCAACACACUUGCGCUGUGUCCCCCCCCCCCCUUAAGCACUAUAAGUUGAUCCAUAGCAAAGAUGAGCAUGUUGCUAAAAGGAUGUCAUGACAAAUCUGUACUAAGACCAGCAAAAAAUAUAUUCUGGCCAAACACCUGCACAGUGAAGGCUAUAGCGUCAAUUUGAAGUAGAUAUUUUUUCAUUUCUUUCUGUCAUGGUGCCCAUUACCUAAUCCCGAUCAUACACACUCCCUCCCUGAGCAGCCGAUGCCUUUGGAGCACUUGAGCGGUAACAAAGCUCGUCAUGUCUUCCUCUUCUAUUUCCCAAAUCAUGUCCGGGAGGACAGACUGUUUGCAUAUCUUGGUCCACUGUCGUUUCCCCUUUUACACCCACCACUAUCCCCCCACCACGCUCCCUCCUGCCAAAGUUUUCAGUUCCUCCCCUUUUCCCGUUUCCCCUUCCUGUUUGCUCAAAGCAGGUGACAACACAAACCUCACAGGAGACUCUCCUCUUCAUCAAACACUGCACAUCUCCCAACCAGUCCCCUAACCCCCUCUCUUUUCAGAUUCACUGUUCUGUCCUGACUACAUUUUAUACACAAAGGGGGAUAGCGUGUGUGUGUGGGCGUGGGAUGCUCAGAUCAGCUCAGUUAAUGAUCAUGAGCUGGAUUUGCAAGCGUUGGUGUUGUCCAGAUGCUGGUAGCCUCUCCUCCCGUCAUCACAACCUCCCUGACUACAUGAAAAACCCAUGGACAUUCCACAGUAACAAUGGCUCAGGCACUUAAUACUGUUUUUUGUUUGCCAGCUCCUGUAAUAUAUUUUUUUUUAUUUUGUUUUUUCAAAGGCUGCCAUUUUUGGACAGUAGAAAUCCCAGCAUAUAACCACCUGGAAUGUGUCCAGUUUGAAAUUUUUUUUUCUUUUAUAGGACCAAGUGUAGUCAAAGCUCGGGUGUUUAUACAAUUGCUCUAAAUCAUGUGAUGGAUGACUGCUAACUUUUUUUCUGAUGAAGGAAACACUAACCAGACAGUAAUACUUACUACAGUUAAAAAAAAAACAAAAAAAUAAGCUUCGGGGGAGGUAAGGGUAGGAGUAUCUGAAGGAAAUUCUCAUUAAAUUUUUUUUGUGUGUGUAGAAAACGACUGCAUUUGUACAAACCCAUGCUGUGUUGACAACUACAAAACUGUGGAAUAAAUUGCCUUCUACUCUAAAGUCAGCUGAGCUCUGGGGUAUCACACGGUCUGUCCGCGCUCAGUACUGCUAACUGUAACGUCCAACUGAGAAAAAAAAAACACUUUCAAAGUAGAAAUGACACUCAAUGGGAGAUGGGAUUGGUUGGAACAAAGACGCUUAUGGUUGUCUUGUUGAAAUGUAACUACAGAACCUGUGUAUCCUGUGCCAUAAUAUAGAGAGAUCUGUUGCUGUUGUAAGAUGGAUUUUACCCACUGUCCACCAAGAAGUCAUUUCAUUGGCACUUUUUUUUUUUUUCUUUUAGCUUCAGCUCCACUGUUUAGGCCUUGUGGGAUAUGUGUACUCAUGAAGGAAAAAAAAAACCUGUUUCAAGUCCUGUUUGCCGAUUUAUGUUAAUUUCCUUUUUCCUCACCACUUUAUUUUCUUACAUCUGGGAUACAGUCUCUUUGAUGCAUCUGAUUUCAUAUGCAUAAAAACCAAGAAAUGCCAUAAAUUGAUUUAUCACCUUGUUUACAGACAGAUCAAAUAAAUUUAUUCCAACCAGA